GACGCGUGUUUGUCCUCAGGGAGCAAGCCCGGCUGAAGGCCCUUGUCGUGGACCGGGACACGGAGGCGUGGCAGCGGGACCCCGCCUUCUCGGGCCUGCAGAGGGUCGGGGGCGUGGACGUGUCCUUUGUGAAGGGCGACAGUGUUGGCGCCUGCGCGUCCCUGGUGGUGCUUAGCUACCCUGAGCUCGAGAGCAAAGCCAGGCUGAGUCACUGGUCUACCUUCCCCGCAGCUGGGAGUCCUUUCCUCAGCGUCCCUGACGAGUCGUGGCCUCACAAUAGUCCAUUGCACGGUCAGAGCCCUGGUGGUGUAUGAGGACUGCCGAAUGGUUAGCCUGACGGCCCCCUACGUGUCGGGCUUCCUGGCCUUCCGAGAAGUAUUCUUCAUGGUGGACGCGGUGCGGCGGCUGCGGGAGAAGGAGCCCCACCUUGUGCCCCAGGUCCUGUUCGUGGACGGAAAUGGGGUGCUCCACCACCGAGGCUUUGGGGUGGCCUGCCACCUCGGCGUCCUCACAGACCUGCCCUGUGUCGGGGUGGCCAAGAAACUGCUGCAGGUUGACGGGCUGGAGAACAGCGCUCUGCACAAGGAGAAGAUACGACUCCUGAGGGCUGGAGGAGACUCGUUCCCACUGAUGGGAGGCUCCGGGACCGUCCUGGGCAUGGCCCUGAGGAGCCAUGACCACAGCACCAAACCCCUCUACGUCUCUGUGGGCCACAAGAUGAGCCUGGAGGCAGCCGUGCGCCUGACCCAUGGCUGCUGCAGGUUUCGGAUCCCGGAGCCCGUGCGCCAGGCUGACAUCCGCUCCCGAGGCUACAUCCGCAGGACCCUGGGCAUCGGUGGCGCCCCUGCCCCAGGGCGGGAGAGGAGCAGGAAGGCACCAAGGCCAAGGGCAUGCCCCGAGGGAGUCUCAGAAGAGCUGGCAGUUAGCUGCCAUGUCGUAAACUGCCCUGUGAGGUCCACCUGGCGAAGAACCAAGCCCACCUGCCAUUCACCAUGUGAGGGAGCGGUCUUGGAAGUGCACCCUCCAGCCCUGGUCAAGCCUUCAGAUGCCCACAGCCCUGGCUGUCAUCUGACUGCAAGCUCACAAAAGACCCUGAGCCAGAGCCAGCUGGCCGGUCUGCUUCCUGUCCCUCACACACUGUGUGAGAUCAUAGAUCUUUGUUCUAGAAUAAAUCUUUAUGCAGCAAAACAUAACUAAUACACGCCACCCCUCCCGUACCCCCGUCUCCACUGCUUGUGUACCUGCUGCGCGUCCAUCACCAGGCACUGCUCUCCACCCUCAUCCCGCUCCUGUGUUGAGCCUCCCCUUUGCUGUGUUGGCAUGUGUCAUCUGGUGUCUUCUCGGGAACCAGGCGCAGGAGAGCUGCGACCCCACCCCGGCCCCUGCCCUAGAAACCGGGGAGGCCUGGGGAGGAGGCCUCUUUAAGUGCCCAGAAGAGUAGUUUCUAAGGCCCGAGGACACCGUGACGUUGUUCAGGCCUCAGUCAGCAGCCUCUAGAUGGACUGCAUUGCCUCUCUCUCCCAGGUAGGUGGGAGAGCCUCCUUGUGUGGGGCAAGGCCGCCGCUGUCCACGGUGCUGAAGCCAGGGCCACGUGUCGGCCUGGACGGCCACGCCCCUGGUGCUCCCGCUUCCCGCCUGUCCCGCCUGCGUCCACUCUGUCCAGGCCCCGCCUUCCUGCACCAGGCUGUCUCCCUGCCCUGGGCCCCUCUUGCUCUUGUGAGCAGACCCCACGUGGGUUCUACAGAGUAAGACCCUGUAGGUGUUUGAGCUGAGAAAUCACCAGAUUACAUGUGACGGAAGCUGCCUUAAACCACCUUAAGCAAAAGUAGGGGCUUGUCAGUUCACUCCAGGGCAGAGCUGGCUGUGCGUGGCCGGCUUGGCACACAUCUGCCCUCUCCCUCUGUGCCGUUACAAGGGGCCUCCCCUCUGCUUGCUGGAUGGCUGGCAGCAGCCCCAGGCUGACUUUCUCCCCUGAAGUGUUCCCAGUGCACCUGUCUAUGCCAAAGGCUGCAGCAAAAUCCCCAGGCCUUCAGUUCUGGAUGGACUGUGAUCGCUGCUUGAUUUGAUCCCAUUGUGGCUGGAGGAGGGGGGCUGUUCCAGCCUGAGCCGGGGAGGAGAGUCAGCACAGCCCACCUUAUGGAGGGGCACUUCUCAGUGGACAGGAAGAGCGUGGCCACCAGAAGAAGGCACACCUCGUUGGGGAAACAGGGCAGGGGACAUUCUCGGGGACAUGCGGUAGCUCCAGGCUUUCUCAGGACACGCAGUCCCCAAGGCCCUAAGGAAGCACUGUCUCUUCCCAGCAGCACCCCAUUUUGUCUCCGAAUAAUUCUCUUUCAGUGCCAGCGGGGAAUGGCAUGAUUAAGGCUCCAUUAUUAACUUGCCAAUCUUGUUUCUGGGGCACAGACGCUGACGGCUUAGGGGACCCAGUUGGCAUAUAACGAGGUCUCCAUGACAAAUUACUCGGGUAUCAAUUAACUAUCUAGGGAAAUGUCAAGUGGGAUCCGUCAUGCUGGUGGCGAGGGACAGCCAGUUACCCCAGAGCGGUUAGUCCGAUCCACGCACUCGCCUGCCUCAGCCUCCAGCAGGGCUGGGAAUGAGGGAAAGGCCUGGAUGCGGGGCUGGCGGGGCCUGGCCUCCAUCUCCCCAGGACACACUUCUGCAGUCGUGCUGGGGCUCACAGCACAGGGCUCUCGCCUUGCAGCCUGCCUCUGUCCAUUGUUUCGUUCAUUCCACAGCCACCUGCUGGGUCAGGCCCAAACUGGUCACUGCAGUGAAGGGGUGGGGCAGUGCUGGGAAAGGAUAAACAUGCAGGCAAGUGUCCGUGACUUGUGUGGUUUCUGCAGGCUCCAAGAGGGAUAAGAGCAUCCUCAGGGCAGG